ACGGACGAGCCCGGUGCCGGCCGGGACGCCGGGCCCGCAGCCUCGCUCGCCCCCUCGCUCGCGCCGCCCGUCCGCGGUGCUGCGAGCCCCCGCCGGGCCGGGGCCAUGCAGGAAAGCCAGACCAAGAGCAUGUUCGUGUCCCGGGCCCUGGAGAAGAUCCUAGCCGACAAGGAGGUGAAGCGGCCUCAGCACUCCCAGCUGCGCAGGGCCUGCCAGGUGGCGCUCGAUGAAAUCAAAGCAGAAAUAGAAAAGCAGAGGCUUGGCGCUGCCGCACCACCAAAGGCAAACUUCAUUGAAGCUGACAAGUAUUUUCUUCCAUUCGAGCUGGCUUGCCAGUCCAAGUCCCCCCGGGUGGUCAGCACGUCCCUCGACUGCUUGCAGAAACUCAUCGCAUAUGGGCAUAUCACUGGCAAUGCCCCCGACAGUGGAGCCCCAGGGAAGCGGCUGAUCGACAGGAUUGUUGAAACCAUUUGCAGUUGUUUUCAGGGCCCUCAGACCGAUGAAGGAGUUCAGUUACAAAUAAUUAAGGCUCUUUUGACCGCGGUGACUUCCCCACACAUUGAAAUUCAUGAAGGCACUAUCCUGCAGACAGUGAGAACGUGUUACAAUAUCUAUUUGGCCAGCAAAAAUCUCAUCAAUCAAACCACUGCCAAGGCUACCCUUACUCAGAUGCUGAACGUCAUUUUCACCCGCAUGGAAAACCAAGUGUUGCAGGAGGCCAGAGAAUUGGAAAGACAAGCUCAAUCGAAACCCCAGUCCCCUGUGAUCCAAUCUGCAGCACUGUCUCCAAAGUUCAGUCAUUUGAAGCCAAGCCAGGCACAGAGCAAACCAACAACUCCUGAAAAAACAGAUUUAAUCAAUGGUGACCAUGCCAGGAGUGGUUCUGGAAAAGUGAGCUCAGAAAACGGAGACGUACACAGAGAAAGAGAUUCGUCACUAUCAGGGGCUGAUGAUGGAGCCCAGGAGGUGGUGAAGGACAUCUUAGAAGAUGUAGUCACUUCUGCUGUUAAAGAAGCAGCAGAAAAGCAGGGUCUGACAGAACCUGAGAGGGUCAUAGGUGACCUGGAAUACCAGGAAUGUGCUGUUCCGCCAGGAGUUGAUGAAAACUCACAGACCAACGGGAUAGCAGAUGACAGGCAGUCCUUGUCGUCAGCAGAUAAUCUGGAAUCGGAUGCCCAAGGACAUCCAGUGGCCUCUAGGUUCUCUCACAUUCUGCAGAAGGACGCCUUCCUCGUGUUUCGCUCCCUGUGCAAGCUGUCCAUGAAACCCCUUGGUGAAGGCCCCCCAGAUCCAAAAUCCCAUGAGCUGCGUUCCAAGGUGGUUUCCCUGCAGCUACUCCUCUCUGUGUUGCAAAACGCUGGCCCAGUCUUCAGGACUCACGAGAUGUUCAUCAAUGCAAUCAAGCAAUAUCUCUGUGUGGCCUUGUCCAAAAAUGGCGUCUCUUCAGUGCCUGAUGUCUUUGAGCUUUCUCUCGCCAUAUUUCUUACUCUUCUGUCAAACUUCAAAACACACUUGAAAAUGCAGAUAGAGGUCUUCUUCAAAGAGAUUUUCCUGAACAUUUUAGAAACCUCAACAAGUUCUUUUGAGCACAGGUGGAUGGUUAUUCAGACUCUAACGAGGAUCUGUGCAGAUGCCCAGUGUGUUGUGGAUAUUUACGUCAACUAUGACUGUGAUUUAAAUGCUGCUAACAUAUUUGAGCGUCUUGUAAAUGAUUUAUCCAAAAUCGCUCAGGGAAGAAGUGGACAUGAACUGGGAAUGACACCUCUACAGGAGCUCAGUCUGAGGAAGAAAGGCUUGGAAUGCCUCGUGUCCAUUCUCAAGUGCAUGGUGGAAUGGAGUAAAGACCUGUAUGUGAAUCCCAACCACCAGACCAGCCUCGGUCAGGAGAGGCUCAUGGAUCAGGAAAUGGGAGAUGGGAAAGGCCUUGACAUGGCAAGACGGAGCAGUGUGACAUCCAUGGAAUCCACGGUGUCCUCGGGGACACAGACAGCUGUUCAGGAUGACCCGGAGCAAUUUGAGGUCAUCAAGCAACAAAAGGAAAUCAUUGAACACGGCAUCGAGCUGUUCAACAAGAAACCCAAGAGGGGCAUCCAGUUUCUCCAGGAACAGGGCAUGCUGGGAACAUCAGUUGAAGACAUUGCUCAAUUCCUGCACCAGGAGGAGCGUCUGGAUUCUACCCAAGUAGGUGAUUUUCUGGGAGACAGCACAAGAUUCAACAAGGAGGUGAUGUAUGCCUAUGUGGACCAACUUGACUUCUGUGAAAAGGAAUUUGUCUCAGCCCUGCGGACGUUCCUUGAAGGUUUCCGCCUACCUGGAGAAGCCCAGAAGAUUGACCGGUUAAUGGAGAAGUUUGCCGCAAGAUACAUAGAGUGCAACCAAGGGCAAACUCUGUUUGCUAGUGCUGACACUGCAUAUGUCCUAGCAUAUUCAAUUAUUAUGCUAACUACAGACUUGCACAGUCCUCAGGUAAAAAAUAAAAUGACAAAAGAGCAGUAUAUUAAAAUGAAUCGAGGUAUCAAUGAUAGUAAAGAUCUACCAGAAGAAUAUCUCUCAAGCAUCUAUGAAGAGAUAGAAGGCAAGAAAAUUGCAAUGAAAGAAACAAAAGAGCAUACGAUUGCAACCAAAUCUACGAAGCAGAGUGUAGCUAGUGAAAAGCAGCGGAGGCUGCUGUAUAACUUGGAGAUGGAGCAAAUGGCAAAAACAGCUAAAGCUCUGAUGGAAGCUGUGAGCCAUGCCAAAGCCCCGUUUACAAGUGCCACUCACUUGGACCACGUCCGGCCAAUGUUCAAACUGGUGUGGACGCCACUGUUGGCAGCCUACAGCAUCGGAUUACAGAACUGCGAUGACACUGAAGUGGCCUCCCUGUGUUUGGAAGGCAUCCGAUGUGCAAUUCGAAUUGCCUGCAUCUUUGGAAUGCAGCUGGAACGAGAUGCCUAUGUUCAGGCUCUUGCUCGCUUCUCCCUGCUGACGGCCAGCUCCAGCAUCACAGAAAUGAAGCAGAAAAACAUCGACACCAUAAAGACACUUAUUACAGUGGCUCAUACUGAUGGCAACUACCUUGGGAAUUCCUGGCACGAGAUCUUGAAGUGCAUCAGCCAACUGGAGCUCGCUCAGCUGAUAGGAACCGGUGUGAAGACCCGCUAUCUGUCUGGGUCUGGGCGGGAAAGAGAAGGGAACCUGAAGGGCCACACUUUGGCAGGAGAAGAGUUCAUGGGCCUCGGCCUCGGUAAUUUGGUGAGUGGUGGAGUGGAUAAAAGACAGAUGGCCAGCUUCCAGGAAUCAGUCGGUGAGACCAGCUCGCAGAGUGUGGUCGUAGCUGUGGACAGAAUCUUUACUGGAUCUACCAGGCUGGAUGGAAAUGCAAUAGUUGACUUUGUCCGCUGGCUGUGUGCUGUGUCCAUGGAUGAACUGGCUUCUCCCCACCAUCCUCGCAUGUUCAGCUUGCAGAAGAUUGUGGAGAUAUCAUACUACAACAUGAAUCGGAUCCGACUGCAGUGGUCCCGAAUAUGGCAUGUGAUUGGAGAUCACUUCAAUAAGGUUGGCUGUAACCCCAACGAAGAUGUGGCUAUCUUUGCCGUUGACUCAUUAAGGCAGCUCUCCAUGAAGUUUCUUGAGAAGGGAGAAUUAGCCAACUUCCGUUUCCAGAAGGAUUUUCUGAGGCCAUUUGAGCAUAUUAUGAAGAAAAACAGAUCUCCAACCAUCCGGGACAUGGUGAUCCGCUGCAUUGCCCAGAUGGUGAAUUCCCAGGCGGCCAACAUCCGCUCAGGCUGGAAGAACAUCUUUGCAGUGUUCCACCAGGCGGCCUCUGAUCAUGACGGGAACAUUGUGGAGCUAGCCUUCCAGACCACAGGCCACAUCGUCACAACUAUUUUCCAGCACCAUUUCCCUGCAGCCAUCGAUUCCUUUCAGGAUGCUGUGAAGUGCUUAUCAGAGUUUGCCUGCAAUGCUGCAUUCCCUGACACUAGCAUGGAAGCUAUCCGGCUCAUUCGUUUCUGUGGGAAAUACGUCUCUGAUAGGCCUCGGGUGCUACAAGAAUAUACAAGUGAUGAUAUGAAUGUAGCUCCUGGUGACAGAGUCUGGGUUCGAGGCUGGUUCCCCAUCUUAUUUGAGCUUUCCUGCAUCAUUAACAGAUGCAAGUUAGAUGUACGGACAAGAGGACUCACAGUCAUGUUUGAGAUCAUGAAGAGCUAUGGCCACACCUUUGAAAAGCACUGGUGGCAGGACUUAUUCAGAAUCGUGUUUCGGAUUUUUGACAAUAUGAAACUCCCUGAGCAACAGUCAGAGAAAUCCGAGUGGAUGACAACAACCUGCAAUCAUGCACUUUAUGCUAUUUGUGACGUAUUUACACAAUUUUAUGAAGCUUUGAAUGAAAUUCUUCUUUCUGAUGUAUUUGCACAAUUGCAGUGGUGUGUAAAACAAGAUAAUGAACAGUUGGCUCGAUCAGGUACAAAUUGCUUAGAAAAUUUAGUAAUAUCCAGUGGAGAGAAAUUCAGUCCUGAUGUCUGGGAUGAAACUUGCAACUGUAUGUUGGAUAUUUUCAAAACAACCAUCCCACAUGUUUUGCUGACAUGGAGACCUGUAGGAAUGGAGGAAGACUCAUCCGAAAAGCAUUUGGAUGUGGAUCUGGACCGCCAGUCUUUAAGCAGCAUAGAUAAAAAUGCUUCUGAGAGAGGCCAGAGCCAGCUCUCUAACCCAACCGAUGACAGUUGGAAGGGUGGACCAUAUGCAAAUCAGAAACUGUUUGCCAGCCUCCUCAUCAAGUGUGUGGUCCAGUUGGAAUUGAUACAGACCAUUGACAACAUCGUGUUCUACCCCGCCACAAGCAAAAAAGAGGAUGCAGAACACAUGGUUGCUGCCCAGCAAGACACCCUGGAUGCAGAUAUCCACAUAGAGACAGAGGAUCAAGGCAUGUAUAAGUACAUGUCUUCCCAGCAUCUCUUCAAGCUGUUGGACUGCUUGCAGGAGUCCCAUUUAUUCUCAAAGGCCUUCAACUCCAAUUAUGAGCAGCGGACUGUCCUGUGGCGAGCAGGUUUUAAGGGCAAGUCUAAACCCAAUCUUCUGAAGCAAGAAACCAGCAGCCUGGCCUGUUGUUUGAGGAUCCUGUUUCGAAUGUAUGUUGAUGAGAACCGCAGAGAUUCCUGGGAACAAAUACAGCGGCGACUUUUAACUGUGUGCAGUGAAGCUCUUGCCUAUUUCAUCACAGUGAAUUCUGAAAGCCAUCGGGAGGCCUGGACAAGUCUCUUGUUGUUACUUUUAACCAAAACCCUCAAAAUAAACGAUGAAAAGUUCAAAGCACAUGCUUCAACCUACUACCCCUACUUGUGUGAAAUUAUGCAGUUUGAUCUGAUCCCUGAGCUCCGAGCAGUUCUACGGAAGUUCUUCCUACGGAUAGGUGUUGUGUAUAAGAUAUGGAUUCCAGAGGAGACAUCUGAGGUACCAGCAACACCUUCACCAGUAUGGUAACCCUGACCCCUUUGAGCCACUGCUGCAGCUCUGCAGGAUGUACAUCAUGCCAUCUCUAACUGGCACAUCUUGUGAAGGGUCACAUAGAAUCAAGAAGUCAGCCUCUUGGAUUUCAGAAUGACCUGGAUGAGGAUGGCCUGUACACUGGCCCCAUCAAAGUCCCCAGCUAAGGCUUGUGGUAUUUCCUUAAACUGUUGAAUAUUCAGAUAACACAAAAGCUGAGGCACCUGUUUCAUUUCUGUCAUUCCAUAUUACUGAUUAAACUGUCUGUCACAUCUGUCAUUGCAAAUGCCAUCAUUUUCUAGCAGAGUCCCAUGAUUGGCUGUAAAUGUUUUGUCAGAGGAAAUCACUCGCCUUGAAAAUACUGAAUAUAGCUGUAUAGGUUCGUGAUUAUUAGAGAGUAUGUUAAUAAAGUUUCUUGUGACAGCUGUCACCUAAAA